AUGGAAUCUGAAAAUCUAGAUAUUCUGGCAGAAAAUACAAUUUACAGGGCAAUUAUGGAUAAUGAUAAAGAUAGAUUCAUCUUCCACGCGGAAAAAGAAGGUUUUGAUAAAGAUCAAAAAAUUAAAAGCGAAUUAUUACCAUAUAUCGACUAUGAAUAUUCAUUACUUGAAUUAUGUUGUUACUACGGAGCAGUUGACUGUUUCAAAUUAUUAAGAACUAAAUUUAGGUCAGAAAUAACCGAAACAUGUCUAGAAUUUUCAUUUUUAGGUAGAAAUCAUGAGAUCAUGAGUGAAUGUUUGAAAUAUCAAAACCCAAAUAAUGAUUGCAUGGAUUUUGCAAUCAUUUCACAUAACAUUGAUUUGUUACAUUCUUAA